UAGUGACGUGUCUCCAUCGUGUCAAAAGUUUAAAGAAUAUCGAGAGGGUGGUGUUUAAUUAAUCGCGUUUCGAACAAUUGGCUAAAGUAAAAUGUUGACGAAGUUUGAGACGAAAUCUGCUCGAGUGAAGGGCUUGUCCUUUCAUCCGAAACGUCCCUGGGUGCUUGCGAGUUUGCAUAAUGGCGUUAUCCAACUAUGGGAUUACCGUAUGUGCGCCCUGCUCGACAAAUUCGACGAACACGAUGGGCCCGUUCGAGGCAUAUGUUUCCAUAAUCAGCAGCCAUUGUUUGUUUCUGGCGGCGACGAUUAUAAGAUUAAAGUUUGGAACUACAAACAACGGAGAUGUAUCUUCACCCUAUUGGGUCACCUGGAUUACAUAAGGACCACAAUGUUUCAUCAAGAAUAUCCUUGGAUCCUCAGUGCUUCAGAUGAUCAGACCAUUCGAAUCUGGAACUGGCAAAGCCGCACUUGCAUUUGCGUACUGACUGGGCACAAUCAUUAUGUAAUGUGUGCCCAAUUUCAUCCUACGGAGGACAUUAUUGUGUCAGCUUCGCUAGAUCAAACUGUCCGCGUUUGGGAUAUUUCCGGAUUGCGCAAGAAGAACGUGGCGCCAGGCCCGGGAGGUCUCGAGGAUCACCUAAAGAAUCCGGGAGCUACCGAUUUAUUUGGUCAAGCUGAUGCAGUAGUAAAAUAUGUUUUGGAGGGUCACGACAGAGGCGUAAAUUGGGCAUGCUUUCACGGAACGUUACCUCUUAUUGUCUCCGGAGCCGAUGAUCGGCAGAUCAAAAUGUGGCGGAUGAAUGAUGCCAAGGCUUGGGAAGUAGACACGUGUCGCGGUCAUUACAACAACGUGUCCUGCGUGCUGUUUCAUCCUAGACAGGAUCUCAUUCUCUCCAAUUCGGAAGAUAAAAGUAUCAGAGUGUGGGACAUGACAAAACGCACGUGUUUGCACACAUUUAGGAGAGAACACGAGAGAUUCUGGGUUCUUGCCGCUCAUCCAACGCUCAAUCUGUUUGCCGCCGGUCACGAUUCUGGAAUGAUCAUUUUCAAACUCGAGAGAGAACGUCCCGCUUAUGCAGUUUACGGAAACGUUCUGUAUUACGUUAAAGAUCGUUUUCUUCGGAAGCUGGAUUUUACUACGUCUAAGGAUACAUCGGUGAUGCAGAUACGUGGUGGAGGAAAAACACCACCCUACAGCAUGUCGUACAAUCAGGCAGAAAAUAGCGUUUUAAUAUGCACUAGAUCACCCUCGAAUAUUGAGAAUAGUACCUAUGACUUGUAUAUGAUACCGCGCGAGGGAGAUUCGAGCACAGAUGCUGAUACGAAACGGGCAUCCGGUGUUACUGCCAUUUGGGUUGCCAGAAAUCGAUUCGCGGUAUUAGAUAGGGCGUAUUCGUUAGUUAUUAAGAACCUGAAAAACGAAGUCACAAAAAAAGUGCAAAUUCCAAAUUGUGACGAAAUAUUUUACGCUGGCACUGGUAUGUUACUUUUGCGCGAUCCAGAACAAGUAACGCUGUUUGACGUACAACAGAAGAGAACUUUAGCAGAAGAAAAAAUCGCAAAGUGUAGAUACGUCGUAUGGUCCAGCGACAUGUCUCAUGUCGCACUGCUGGCCAAACAUACCGUCAAUAUUUGUAAUCGUCGGUUAGAAUCUCUCUGUUGCAUACAUGAAAAUACCAGAGUAAAAUCCGGCGCUUGGGAUGAUUCCGGCGUAUUUAUUUACACGACCAGCAAUCACAUUAAAUACGCGAUCAGUAACGGUGAUUAUGGCAUCAUUCGCACGCUAGAUUUACCGAUAUACGUCACGAGAGUGAAAGGCAAUCAAGUUUAUUGCUUGGAUCGAGAAUGCAAGCCGAGGAUUCUUCGAAUAGAUCCGACGGAAUACAAAUUCAAACUAGCGCUGAUUAACAGGAAAUACGAGGAAGUUUUACACAUGGUUCGCACCGCGAAUCUUGUUGGGCAAUCGAUUAUAGCAUACUUACAGCAGAAGGGAUAUCCAGAAGUGGCGCUUCACUUCGUGAAAGAUGAAAAAACCAGAUUUGGUCUUGCGCUGGAAUGCGGAAACAUCGAAGUCGCAUUGGAAGCGGCGAGAUCGCUCGAUCAGAAAUCAUGCUGGGAGAGUUUAGCGCAAACCGCUUUGCUGCAAGGCAAUCAUCAAGUUGUGGAAAUGUGUUAUCAAAGGACCAAGAACUUCGAGAAGCUGGCUUUCCUCUAUCUAAUAACCGGCAACUUGGAGAAGCUACGUAAAAUGAUAAAAAUCGCGGAAAUUCGGAAAGACGUAUCUGGACAAUACCAAGGAAGCUUACUUCUUGGAGACAUUUAUGAACGAGCUAAGAUUUUGCGGAAUUCUGGACAAGCAUCAUUGGCAUACGUUACCGAGAAAAUCCAUGGAAUAUCGAACGAAGACGACGACGGCGAGUAUCAAUCGAUGAGCGAGGAACUUUCUGCAUUGGAAAAAGGUGCCACGUAUCUCCGUCCACCCGUACCUAUUCAGCAAGCUGAGAACAACUGGCCGCUGCUGACCGUUUCUAAAGGCUUCUUCGAAGGCGCGAUGAUGUCUCGUAGCAGGACUCAAGUAGCCGCUGCUCUUGCUCUGGAAGACAACGGUGAAACGAUACCUGAAGGAUGGGGCAAUGACGAGGAACUCGGCAUAGACGACGAAGAAGGCGUGGACGCGGAAAUUGCGCCAGAAGGCGAAGAGAAUCCUGGAUGGGAUGUCGAGGACGUUGAUCUUCCGCCGGAACUCGAAGCUGCAGCGACUUCCGACGAAACCAAUAACUAUGAAUGUCUACCUACUAAAGGAGUUUCGCCACCACAGCAUUGGGUUAAUAAUUCUAAAUUGGUAGUCGAUCAUAUAUUGGCUGGAUCGUUCGAGUCUGCUUUUAGAUUGUUAAAUAAUCAGGUCGGAGUGGUGGAGUUUGGACCUUAUCAAUCUCUGUUCUUAAAUACAUACGCUCGCUCCAAAACAUCCUACGCGUGUCUACCUAAUAUACCAUCGUUAUAUGGAUAUCCACAAAGGAAGGAUUCUAAUUGGAAGGAGGCCGCAUCAAAGACAGGUUUACCUGCGGUAGGACUGCACCUUGCCGAGCUAGUUCAGCGUCUUCAAGCGUGCUAUCAAUUGACGACCAAUGGAAAGUUUUCCAAGGCGAUAGAAAAACUGCAGAGUAUCUUGCUAAGUGUACCGUUACUCGUUGUCGACACCAAGCAAGAUAUUGCGGAAGCUCAACAACUAAUUCAGAUUUGUCGCGAGUAUAUCUUAGGUUUAAAGAUGGAAACUGAGCGUAAAAAUUUGCCGAGAGCCACGUUAGUAGAACAGAAAAGGAUUUGCGAAAUGGCAGCUUACUUCACGCACUGUAAUCUACAACCUGUACAUCAGAUUCUUACUCUUCAAGUAGCGGUGAAUUUGUUCUACAAAUUGAAGAAUUACAAAACCGCCGCUUCGUUCGCGAGAAGAUUACUCGAGCUCGGACCAAAUCCAGAACUUGCGCAAAAAAUUCGGGUCCUAUUACAGUCUUGUGACAAGAAUCCUGUCGACGAGCAUAAACUAGCGUAUGACGAACAUAAUCCAUUUUCAUUGUGCGCAAGCACGUUUACACCUAUUUACAAAGGAAAACCAGAAGUAAAGUGUCCCUUAUGCGGUGCUAGUUAUAAUCCGCAGUUUAAAGAAACAGUAUGCAAAAUAUGUGAAGUCGCUUUGAUAGGCAAAGAACAAUAAUAUUCCAUUUAUAUUGUUAUCAAUUUGUGAACUUUCAUUCAAUCGGAAAAAUUGAAAGAUUAUUUAUCUUAAGCUUAAGAAAUAUACAGUUUUCUUUAAUUUUAAGAUGCUAGAUAUACAAUUGUAAUAAUUUUGAAUUAGAGGUGUAUGAUCAAAAUAAGCAAAAAAUAAUUCUAACAAAAGUAGUUGUACUUUAGCAUUCCGUGAAAUGAAUAGAGAUUAAUCUUGAACAUUCUUCAAA